AGGAUAUGCUAAAAAAAUGGACAACUCUCUUUCACUUUCAUUCAGCAAAGCUUCUCUAAAUUCUGCAAUGACGGACCUGCUUCCAACGCUGAAAACAACUUAGAACGCUAUAGGAAACAUGGCAUCUAUUAAUCAAUAGGUCUGAUCAUUCUUAUUAUGUCAAACUAAUGACGUUCUACGUGAACAUUUAAUUAACCAUUUUUAACUUUAUUUAUUUGAUUUACCUCCAAACAAAAGUGAAAGUAACUUCACUGUAUAACAGCCUAACAUUUUAACUGUCUCUAAAUUGGUUUCGAGCGUGGUCAUUAAUUACAUUCUGAAAUUAGGGGUCUAUUCUGUAUAUUUAUGAAAGGUCAGUAAUUACUGUUGAAUAAAAAACUACUGGAAAGAUGCUUGAAAUCCUGCUUUUUGGAUAUUUGAUUACAUGCGUUUCUGGCCAGGGAGGAGCAGAUGUGGUGCUGUCCUGUUCUCUGGUGGAGGAGGGUAGUGGGAUGGGGGGAAUGGGAGGUGGGGCUCUCUUCAGCCGCACCCCAGCAAUGCUUGUCCUCAGAGACCUGGCCGUGACCCCUGAUCUUUCACCUGAUACUCUGACCCCCUUCAACCCUCCUGCUGUCCCCGAUCCUGAUAACAUCAUCUUGGAGGCUAAAGUUGAGUCUCCUGAGAUCCCAGAGGCAGACCUGCUGCUCCACGCUGACUGUAACGAACAGGAAGUGACAUGUGAGAUCAGCCGCUACUUCCCUCGUAAUGCCAAGGAGGGCUCCACAGAACCAGCCUAUUUCAUUGGCUCCUUGCAGAUAGAGGGGGGUGGGCUCAGCCUCACAUUGAUCCUGCAGACACUGCCACUGGACCAAUCAGAUCGUCCAGCUCUCAUGCAGAGCAAACUGGAACUCCCCCUAAGCCAAUCAGGAACUUUGCUGACUGAGGUGGUGUUCCUGGUGUUCUCUCGCUCUGAGUCCCACUCCGCUCCUCUAGGGGGCGUGGCCCUCCUGGACUGUGGCUUCAGGCAGCAGGCCCCACCCCCAGGGUGGGAGCUGGGGCUUGAGUGGCGGCUGCAGCACAGAGGAAGUGGGAGGAAAGUGCUGGAGAUUAGGGCGGGGCAGACGGAGACAGAGGAGGGGCCAGCAGUACACGUGGAGAGGGAGGGUUCGAGUGUGGAUGCCGCCCUGCUGGUGGGGCAGGGUAAUGCGUCUCUGACUCUGGCCAGACUGAAGGUAUCUGACGAGGGGACCUACAUCUGCACCGUCAGCACUGGACUGUACCAGGCCCAGCAGGUCAUACAGCUACACGUCACACAACCUCCUCGUGUUUCUCUCUCUGAGGAGAAGCUGGUAUUUCGGGAUGAGUUGCCCCAGAAACUGAGCUGCCACUGCAAGAACUACUACCCUCUGGAUGUCCAGAUGGAGUGGAUCUCCGUCUCCUCUACAGACUCAGAGCCUAGCGUCCUAUCAGACCAGGUGUCUCUCUCCAGCCAUCGGCAGCACAGCGACAGGACCAUGUCCAUCUCCUCCCACCUCACCCUGCACCCCUCCACCUUCCCCCCUGGAACCACGGUCACCUGCAGAGUGACCCACCCGGCCCUGGACACACCCCUCUCCCUCAGCCUGACAGUAGAGACACCUGAGCCAGAUUCCUACUGGAUGGUCCUGGGUUUUCUGGUUAUCACCGUUCUGUUCUUCUACCAAGUGAUGAAAUAGAGGCACAGUACCUGAAGCUGUUGAAAACCAAUAUCUUAAGAGUUGCUGUAAUGUGAAUUACUGUUGUACUAUAAACAGUUGUACAUUUUCGUCAAAUAAAUGUUUUCUUUAAUAGUA